UUCUGCUCUGUCUUCCCGCUGCAGCCGCCCGAAGAAAAAACAAGGGAACCCAGCCAUGCCUUUGAGAAACCGGUGAGAUAAGAUUGGUUUUCUCCUUCCUUUCUUGCUCUAGAACACACCUAGAACCCAGAAAUCUUCCCCCCCUGCUGGAAAAGCCGGAUCUGCCCUGCUCUGCUUUGUCCUUCCGCCGGCUGCUCUUGAUUGUGGGUGAUUUCUGGGCAUUUUUUUCAAUCCGUGAGUUUCUCCCUUGCACUGCCGCCGGCCUCUUCCCCCCUGUAGCUCCGGUUUCUACAGCUGGAGAAUUAUGGUAUGUGACAGCCUUUUAAGGCUUAAAUUAUCCAUUUAAAGUUGCUGCUUGUGAUGUCCGAAUUUGGCUAGGAAAUGGGGAAAUUCCGGUAGCAAUUAAGAGGGAUUUAAGUGUGUUUUGUUGCUUAAUUCUAGUGAGAUUUAUGUGAUUGAGUGUUAGUUGGUUGUUGUGAUUUUUGGAGAAAAUCCCGUGAGAUUAGCUAGUGUUUUGGCCAAUUUGCGGAAGUGGAGUUACUGUUCACGUCGGGGUUCCCGAUUGUUCUGUCAGUUAGUGCAUGAAUUGAGUGCUCAAUUUUAUGCAAGUGAAGUAAGUAAAUUUAUGGUAAUGCCCGUACUGUUUUAAAAGCAUGUUUUGAUUUGUUUUUGAAGUGGUGGCGGGACUAAACUCGUUUUACACAAGUAUGACUGAUUUGAAGUGAAAUGUUUUGUGCUUUUCAUGAAAUUGAGCAUGCCUACUUGAAAUUUAAGUGACUAUCCCGAUGAUCUGAAAGUGAUUGUGAAUUGUGAUUUUCCUGUUAACUUCUGCCUGUUUUGUCUCCGAUGUAGUCAUGUUAUUCGUGACCCUGCUAGUGGGGGAGGUUAUAAACACUAGCACAUGUCGACAUGUUAGUGAGAGAGCCGGUUCGUUCAACCCAGCUAGUGGGGGUUAUACACCAGCAAAUCGUGGCCCUGCUAGUGGGGAUUAUACACUGGCCGUGACCUAUAGAGGAGACGUCUAUUUCGUUCUCGUACUGUACCCGUUUUGCGUGAUUGCACAUGUGGCAUGCUAUAAGUUUAAAUAAGGGGCACUCCAUAUUUACUUACUGAGUUUAUCUCAUAGUUUUCCUUGUCCACCAUUUCAGGAAAUGAAACCGAGGACGAGGAAACCACGAGAAGUGACGAGUUAGAAAGCUAGCCAUUUCGAGAUUGAUAUAGAUUUUCGAAAUAAAUCAUGAUCUUGUAAGCUAGAGUAUAUUUGGAGAUUUAUGAUAUCAGAGAGAUUUUAUAAUUUGAUCUUCAGAUUUUGGUGGUAUCAGAGUGUGAUAUGAUAAGUUCCGAGCCUUGUGCACUUGUAGGACCCGUCUCACGAGUGUACGGCGUCUGUCGCGUCUCGAAAUUGGGUUUUGGGGCGUGACACAUAUAGUUUAGCUAUAGUUUAAUUAUUAUAGUUAUGGUAAAUGUUUCUUUCUUUCUUUCUUAGAGACCAUUGAUGAAUUUGGUGAAGUGUUGUUGGAUUUAUGAAGUUAUUUAAAUUAAUUUUACUUUGAAUA